AUGUUCCGAUCUAGGAACUCAGAUGAUGACUCGAUGGAGCUGAAUGAUUUAGAGACUCCUACUCUAUCCAGAUGCUCUCCACUUAGAACACAGAAUCAACAAAUCGAUAAUUUUAUCUCUAAAUACAAAACAGUUACAAAGAAAACUAGACAAUGCUUAGAAUGUCAUCCAAAAGAUAAACUACCAUCUGCAAUUCUAAGAGUUGCAAAUAUGAUGUAUCAUCUUGAUUGCUUGAAGUGCAGCAGAUGCAACAACAUGAUACAUCCCCCAUGUUGUUAUCUUUCUUCAAUGGAACCUUUGAGAUUCCUUUGCGAAAGAUGCGUUGAUGAAAUUCAGGAUGCAUUGAUCCUGUGCAAAGUUUGCAAUAAAGUGAUAAGAGAUGAAAACAAAGCGGUUCAAUUAUCCAAUAGUUAUGCCGUUCAUUUGGAUUGCUUACAUUGUUACAUGUGCAAUAGAAAUUACACUCCGAAAGGUAAUCUCAAUUACUCGGUGAUGGAAGUCAAUAAUAAGCAAUAUUGUCUCUGCAAUGAAUGUAUGAAGUUAAUAUCAUCAGGUGAAUGUCCAACAAAUGAUAUUUCUGGCAGAAUUCCUUUUGAAAUUUGUCAAACUAAGCCCCUAAGAUGUAAAUUCUGUAAUGAAUUCAUCAAAAACGGGUUUUACUAUGUUGUUGAUCAACAAAUAUCCUGCUAUAAUUGCCACAAGCUUCAGAAAGGUAAAUAA